GUGAAAGGCGGAUCGGAAUGUUCCCAGUUCCACCCGACUCGUGUCUCUGAUCACCUGUCUCUUUCUCCGUUGGAAACAGGACGGGGUCGGACAUAUUCACUCGUUAAUCCACUUGGGCAGGAUAUAUUCCGCAGCACCUGCCCUCUCCAUCUCAGAUCGGGGGUGACACCAUGCUGCGCAAACUUCCCCAAAUGACACUCCUGUUGGCGCUGGGCAUCGUCGGUGCCUCCUGUUCCAUUAGGGUCCAGACUCUGGCCGGCUGCUGGACUAAUGAACUGGGGUCGAAGGCGGACAUCGAGAUGGACGAGGACGGGACCCUGCGAGGCACCUACAGAUCCAAAGUGUCCGGCGCUGGGAAGCCGGUUGAAGGGGAGCUAAUCGGAUUCCAGGUCGAUAUCGAGCAGCCGACCUUCGGGUUUGUGGUGAAGUGGACCACAGAGUCGGUCCAGAGUGUCACAGUGUGGACCGGACAGAUGUUUGUCGCAGAAGGAAGCCAAACUUUGAAGACCAUGUGGUUACUCCGAAGAGAAUCCCCCUUCGACGACAACUGGGAGGCGACCCUGACGGGGUCGGACAUAUUCACUCGUUGUAUCGAGAAGUGCGGAUCUGCGGACAGAGACGGCAGUGAGCGGAAAUGUGACCCCGGCGAGUAAGGCUUGUAGGGGACAUGGGGCGCCAAAUGCGAUGGGCACGGCCUCUGCUGAAUACUCGCUGCCUUUCAAUUUCUGUAAUCGUCUAAUCGUUAUAAAUCAUAAUCUCAUUAAAAGAAACA